AUGAACAAACAACAACACAUAAACUCCGCCCUAUUCCCUACAACACGCGACCAACAGGCGAACAACGUUAGUAACUUGACAUCAUUACCUUCGGAACCAGAAGAAAAUGAGGAACAGUCCUCACUAGACUUGUCUGAUUAUGAGGGGUCACGUUAUGAAGAUUAUGCUUUGGAAAACUCAAGUAAUGCCAUAAUGCACUUUGGAAAUACACCAAACCCUAAGGAUACCAUACAACAAGCAAUCACUAACAAAAAUAACAUCAUUUCUCGCAACAACACGGAAAACUCAUUAACUGUUAAUGUUGAUCAAGCAUCAUCGCUAAUUGAGAAUUCCUCAUCAUCCCUGACCAAAUCACCAUCAUCUUCUGAACGGAGGAAUAAUUCCGAUCUAAGAAUUCCUUCUCUCGAUAUCUCAAACCUUAACACAAGUAGUAGUAUCGAUAGUGAAAUAGCCGAGAUUCAAGAACAGCAUCAAGAUGCCUCUGACCCAUUAGAAGUGUAUAUCAAAGAGGAAAAUUUCGAAGGUCUCUCAAAGGCCAUCGAAAAAUUGUUGGCAGUUGGGGAACAUACACUAGUCAACAAUACUGAAACACUACAUGAUCAGAAAAAAGAAAAUAUAAAUUCGUUGUUGCACGGUAGGAAUAAUUGUCAUAAGGACGAUCCAAAGAAGCUUUUAGAAGAAGAAACAACGAAUCCUACUAAUGAGUCAAGCCCUACCAUGACAUACUCCUUGACCAUUAAAACCUCUGUCAAUGAUGAGAACUACGCUGACUCUUCUGCUACUGACACUAGCUCCUCUUUGGAUAUGAAAAUUCCUUCAGUUUCAUCUUCAACAAAAAUUCCCCUUUCAAAGAAUGCAAACAAUUCUCUUUCAGAGAGCCAAUCAGAAGAAAAGUUGAAGGAAUUGUUGCAACACAUCGAAAUGUCACCAUCCACAACACACAUGGAUGGACCUAACCAUUCCCUUUCAAAUGAAAAAGAUGAAACCCUUUUCCACCAUGAUCCUAGAACCAUUGAGAAGCAUUCUGAUGAUGAGAUGAGGAAUGACAUUGUUAAAAUAAUGAACACCACUCCUUCAAACUCACUACAGCCUCCAAAAGACAUUAUUCCUCAUCCACAAGUAGAUGUUCAUGCGCUCAUUGAACACUACGAACAUUUACAGGAAGAAAUUGAGAAAAUAGGGAUUGAAGAAUCCGCACACUCUCACACUGAACCCCUUGAUGAUCAAAUUCCUUCCCAUCAAUCACAAGCUGAUAAUCUUUUUCGAGAUGACAAUUCAGCUCAAUACAAUGCCAUAUUAUUGGUGGAUAAAAGCAAGACAGACAUGUUAAAACAUCACAAAGAACACGAUUUAAGAAUGGACAAGAAUCAGCCUCUUAGUGAGGAUAAUUUGAACGAAAUUUCAAGAAUUUCCACAACUGCCGAUGACUAUCAUGUUUCCACAAUUUUUGAUGAAAAAUUGGUGGGUUCUCUUAUUGAGGAAAAGUUACAACCUGUUUCAGACCUUCUUAGAUCAACUGGGUAUGCUGGUUUUAUUGGAGAAACGGAUAUUGUACAAAGAAUUCGAGAUACUUUCAAAAUAAUGCUGGACGACUUGGAAAGAAAAUCCAAAACCAUUGAGCUUCAAUCUAAAAAUCAACAAGAGUUCACCAAGACCAUGAUAAAACUAAAACAGCAAUUGGAAAAGGCAAAUGAAGCGACAAAUCAAUACAAAAUUCAACUCGAAAAAAAAGAAAUUGAAAUCAAAUCUUUCAAGGAAAACAACAAUGUCAGUACCAUUAAAAAUGAAAAAGAACUUGCACAGAUGAAGCGCGCCUUAGAAGGUUUGAAUUCUAAAGUUUUGCAAUACGAAAGUAUUAUAAGUACUAAGGAUGAUGAAAUCAAUGAUCUUAAAAAGAAAAUGUAUCAAUUUGUUUCCAAAGAGGAAACGAAGAGAAUUAACUCUAUGAAUAUUUUCUCUCAAAUUCACAAGCGUAAACCAACAACAAAAUCUGAUGCCAAGGAGAUUGAUCUGAUUGGAAUGUAUGAGGAACAACGGCUGCAGCUAAAGAGAGAGGUUGCUUUUUUAAAGAAAGAGGUACAACGUUUAAAUGACCUUGAAAUUCAAAUGCAGGGCGAAUCUGAUAAUAGAAAUGAAGAACAAAUCAAAAAGCUCACAUCUCAAAUUAAAGCAGAAAGGGAAAAGUACACUCAAUUGGAAGCGGAAUAUAACUUGACACAACAAAAAUUGAGCACCGUAAUCGCACAAAAUCAAAGAAUUACUGAAAAUUUAGAGGAGGAAAAUACUAGACUGUUGAAGGAACUACAAAACAGGCCUUCAGCUCAAGAUUACACUCAAUUACAGAAAAUUAAUGAAGAGUUGCGAAAGACAAUCAAGUUAUUGAGAAUUAAGGAAAAAGAAUUGGAAGAGAUUAAGAAGAGCAACGACCCAAAAUCUGUCUUAACAAUACCAGCUGGAAAGUGGUCAGAAUCCCCUCACGAAAAGCGAAAGAAGCAACCAACAUUAGUCGCAUCAUCCUCCAAUACCACAAACAAGCAAACAGAAGAAACGCUUGCAGACCUUAAAAGACUUCAGGACAUUAUUGCUGAAAUUUGUAAAAUUUUAAACAUUUCUGAUAUGUCAGAGCUUGUUCCAUCGCUUCAAAAAACAAUUUCAAUUGUCAAAGCAGUUCCCAAGAUGGAAAAAUUCAUUUGUGAAGUUUGUGAUAUUUGCCAAAAAGGGACCAAUGAUCUUGGACACCAAAUUGAAUUGAAACCAAAAAUUGUUGCCCCUUUGCUAGGAUAUUGGAUUGAAAAACUAAAAGACUCGCAAGCUAUGGAAAAAGAAAUUACAGAGCUGCUUAAUGGUCGACCAAACGCGACAUCUCACAUUGACUGUUCAGAUCCAGAUUUCAAAGGUUUGGGUUUGGGUUUGGGUUUGGGUUUGGGUUUGGGUUUGGGUUUGGGUUUGGGUUUGGGUUUGGGUUUGGGUUUGGGUUUGGGUUUGGGUUUGGGUUUGGGUUUGGGUUUGGGUUUGGGUUUGGGUUUGGGUUUGGGUUUGGGUUUGGGUUUGGGUUUGGGUUUGGGUUUGGGUUUGGGUUUGGGUUUGGGUUUGGGUUUGGGUUUGGGUUUGGGUUUGGGUUUGGGUUUGGGUUUGGGUUUGGGUUUGGGUUUGGGUUUGGGUUUGGGUUUGGGUUUGGGUUUGGGUUUGGGUUUGGGUUUGGGUUUGGGUUUGGGUUUGGGUUUGGGUUUGGGUUUGGGUUUGGGUUUGGGUUUGGGUUUGGGUUUGGGUUUGGGUUUGGGUUUGGGUUUGGGUUUGGGUUUGGGUUUGGGUUUGGGUUUGGGUUUGGGUUUGGGUUUGGGUUUGGGUUUGGGUUUGGGUUUGGGUUUGGGUUUGGGUUUGGGUUUGGGUUUGGGUUUGGGUUUGGGUUUGGGUUUGGGUUUGGGUUUGGGUUUGGGUUUGGGUUUGGGUUUGGGUUUGGGUUUGGGUUUGGGUUUGGGUUUGGGUUUGGGUUUGGGUUUGGGUUUGGGUUUGGGUUUGGGUUUGGGUUUGGGUUUGGGUUUGGGUUUGGGUUUGGGUUUGGGUUUGGGUUUGGGUUUGGGUUUGGGUUUGGGUUUGGGUUUGGGUUUGGGUUUGGGUUUGGGUUUGGGUUUGGGUUUGGGUUUGGGUUUGGGUUUGGGUUUGGGUUUGGGUUUGGGUUUGGGUUUGGGUUUGGGUUUGGGUUUGGGUUUGGGUUUGGGUUUGGGUUUGGGUUUGGGUUUGGGUUUGGGUUUGGGUUUGGGUUUGGGUUUGGGUUUGGGUUUGGGUUUGGGUUUGGGUUUGGGUUUGGGUUUGGGUUUGGGUUUGGGUUUGGGUUUGGGUUUGGGUUUGGGUUUGGGUUUGGGUUUGGGUUUGGGUUUGGGUUUGGGUUUGGGUUUGGGUUUGGGUUUGGGUUUGGGUUUGGGUUUGGGUUUGGGUUUGGGUUUGGGUUUGGGUUUGGGUUUGGGUUUGGGUUUGGGUUUGGGUUUGGGUUUGGGUUUGGGUUUGGGUUUUGGGUUUUGGGUUUGGGUUUGGGUUUGGGUUUGGGUUUGGGUUUGGGUUUUGGGUUUGGGUUUGGGUUUGGGUUUGGGUUUGGGUUUGGGUUUGGGUUUGGGUUUGGGUUUGGGUUUGGGUUUGGGUUUGGG